GGGCUGUUAAAGACACGCCGGCCCAGGCUGACCACUCCACCAGCUACCCUAAAACCCUAGUUAUCUUUCACGUGCGCAGGUUCCUCGUUCCGCCGCUCACUUCUUUGGCUUGAAGACCUCCACUUCACCAGCUAGGGUUUCUCUCUCCGCACAGCCAUGGGGAAGGGAACUGGGAGUUUCGGUAAGAGGAGGAACAAGACCCACACCCUCUGCGUCCGGUGUGGCCGCCGCAGCUUCCAUCUACAGAAGAGUAGGUGCUCUGCUUGUGCUUUCCCUGCUGCCCGCAAGAGGAAGUACAAUUGGAGUGAAAAGGCGAUCCGAAGGAAGACCACUGGAACUGGAAGGAUGAGGUAUCUGCGCAAUGUGCCUCGCAGAUUCAAGAGCGGCUUCAGAGAAGGUACCGAAGCUGCACCACGUAAGAAGGGAGCAGCCGCAAAUGCUUAAGUCUUCUCAGCGGUCAUUUUGAUUUCAACUUGGGGUACUCUUUAGAAAGCUUUUAUGAUUCUGGACAAGUUCUAUAUGAACGCUGUUAUUGUUUUUGAUGGAUGUCGCUUUAGUUGUGAUCUUCUCUUUAAAUAUUAGUUGCUUUUUGUGGUGGACGAGAAUGGAUGAGACUAAUGUCACUUGCGUUUCAUAAUCACGUAAUGUUUUGAUGAUGUGC